CACGCUACGCUACAGCCGGCCUCUGCGCGUAUGUAUGUGUGUGCGCGCGAAAGCGGGAGACAUAACACAGACAGGCAGGCACCGCGGCGAGAGGGGAUGAGGAGCCGUCAGGGGCAGGACGCGAGGAGGUAAACAAACAAUAACCGCACCCCCCCCCCUCCCUCCCUGGUCCCUCCCGCCGCCUUCAGUCUCCGGCCGCCUUCUAUGCUCGCCUCCCCGAUCCCCCCGCCUCGUUUCAUUUGCCUGAUCGAAAGCCCGGCAAAGGGUGGAUUUUCCUCGGCCGGAGCCCACCCAGCGCCCUCAAGAUGAGGUCAAAGAAAGCUCCCUUCCCCGAUUGGAGAUGGGGUCGGUGCUGGGAGUAAAGAUCCUCGGCCGCCCCGGCUGCAACACACACACACACACACACAUAUAUACAUACACACAUACACACACACACCUUCCUUUUCUCCUGCCCAGCCAAGCACUGGAUGGCAGAAAAAGCAAACUCAACUCGCUUAUCCAGAGGGGGCAAAAAAAUUAAAAAUAAAAAUCGUCUUGAGGAGAAGCAAAUGAAAUGAGGCAUCCUGUGGCUCCUGGAAACAGCUAAGAGCAUCGUCCAACUGCAAGGAAUUUGCCAAAGCACAGACAUUUGUUUGUAACCGUCUGCUGUCCUCCAUCUAGGAAUUCCUGAUGGGUCUCAGAGCCAAGUGAUUUCCCUUGGAGGCAAGAGGCAAGGUGAACUUUCCCCAGAAGACAUGGAAGUGAAGGGGCAGCUGAUAAAUUCAUCCAGCUACAGCUCUUCAGAAGCUCUGCAGCGAGAGCUCUGUCCUCGAAUUCGGCUAGAGCGGGUCCAAGAACUCUUGGAAAAGCAGAAGUCUCUCCAGCAGGUGCUCAGCCUGCGCCUGAAGGAGCUGCGGCGAGUUUGCCUGCAGGAAGCGGAAUUGACAGGAAAAUUGCCCCCAGAAUAUCCUCUGGAACCCGGAGAAAGGCUGUGGCCAGUGAGGAGGAGAACAAUAGUGGCAUCCCGAAUUGCCCCUGUCUUGAAGAAUGAGGAAAACCCUUCGCUGGAGGAGCUGAGUCAGGAGCUGGCGCUGCAGCAGCAAGUGGCUGAGGCUGCCCGACGGCUAGCAGUUGCCCCUGACUUAACAGUUGAUCAGCGCCGCCGCCGGCGGCAGGUUCAGGCGGAUGCUGCCCAGCGUCUGCGGGAGCUGGAGGUGCAGGUAGCAGAAUGCCGGGUGCGGCUGGGCAAAGGACCCCUCCAGAGAGCUGCCCCCGAAAAGGCAUUUCACUCGGAGAGCAGCUCCCUCUCUGAAUCAGCCAGCCAUGAAAAUGAUGACCCUCGCAGCUUCCAUCCUUCCAAAGUCUCCAACCAUCCGGGAUCUUUCCCAGACAGAUCCUCACCUCCCAAGGCCCGAGAUCACCUACGUGCCAUCUCCAGCAGUCCUGACCGCCGACCAGGCUGGCGAAUUUUGCAGCCGGAUGUGUACAGUGAGGCCAAGGACCGCAGGAACUCUGUUGCCAGCCCAACCAGCCCCAAUCGCACCCUCCCCAGAAGCAUGUCCAGUUUUGAGGGCCGGAGCGUCCCAGCAACUCCAGUAUUGGCAAGAAAUGCGUGCAGUGGAAAUCACCAGUUAAGGUUAGAGGCCCCAUCUCUCCACUCCCGCCAGUGGUCAGGCAGCCACGAUUCCCAGCUUGGCCCUCCCAGCCGGGACACCAGUGCCGACAGAGCUUCCCUCUUUGCUGCUCGGACCCGUCGAAGCAACAGCUCCGAGGCCUUGAUUGAACGGGCCCCUUCAGAAGACCCCCUCCUGCCCACUGCCCCUCCGUUUAAGAGUGCUGAGGCCCUGACCCCUUGCCUCUCUGGCCGGACCCCUCGCCCACCUUACAACGAUCUCCUCUUGGACUAUUACCUAGAACGCCGGAGCUGUGGGGGUGGUGAGCAUUUGUCUCGCAGGGACGGGCCCCCACAUCUGGAGUGGGGAGCCUUUUCUGAAAGCCCGCUUCAGCGCCGAGCCCGACCCGCUGCCCGCACUAAAUCCUGCGGGCCGCUGCUGCCCCCACAGUCCCGCGAGGUUGGCUAUGGACCCCCCUUACUUCCUCCGCGCAACUUCCACAAAGCCCUUGCCCUGGAGGGGCUCCGGGACUGGUACUUACGCAACGCUGGAGUUACCCAACGCGGGGCACCGGAGAGACGAGGGCCAUCUCAGUCUGUACAUCAGCACCUGCGAGGCUACUGUGAUCCGGGACCCUCCAACCCCGACGUGGGAUAUUACGGGGGGCCAGUAAUAGGAGGUGGACUGCCUCACUCUGUGAGCUAUGCGGGGCAGCCACUCUAUGGCAGGUAUGCAGCCCGUUUUUUUCCUUUGCCGUGACAAGCUCAGCAGCCCCUCCCCUCUCCCCCUCCCCCUCGCUUGCCUAAGGCCAACCCUGCGCCUCUUCCCUCCGCUCUCCUCCUCUUUCUUUGGCUUCACUCCCCCCUUUUUCCAAACAACGGGGCCGCUUCUCUGGCUGCCAAUUCUAAACUGUUUGAAAGGCCUGCCUGUGAGGAAGAGAAGGGAAAGGAAGGAGGCAGGUAUCCUUACACAGCAGCUUUCCCUGACUCACCACCCCUUUGCUGGCUGGGGACAAUGGGAGUUAAAGUCUGGUGCCUCUGGCCAGUUGCAAGGCUGGUUCUUUGUCAUGGAUGGCAAAGACCCAUUGAAUGAACCAAAGGAAACUGGGAUGGUGAUUAGUGUAGGGUAAACCGGAUCCAAAACUGGAGACAAACCAGGAGGGAGGACAAGUAUUUUCACUUGUUGCAUGACUCCUUUCUGCCCCUUUGUCUAAUUCUUUCUCUCUCUCUCUCUCUCUCUCUCUCUCUCCUUUCUUCCUCUGCUUUACUCUGCUCAGACCUUUUGUGGACCUGCUUUAUCUGGAAGAUUCUUCUGGCCCUUACAGCUUGGAUUCCACAGAGCACCCAACCCCAGGGACGUUGGUUUGAUCCCACCCCCCCACUCCCCCUUUCCCCCCAAGGGGACCUCCUGUCUUUUUGUUUUCCUUUUUGUUUUCCUUGCUGGUGCCUCUCUUUUUGGGUGUGAUGCACCAUUGUGGGGAGGGGGGGGGGCUCCCUGCUGGCAGGGUAGGUUUCCACACUGUGUGAGGGUGGGUUGUUGCAUGUCAUACUGGACCACAGGAUGAGGGGAGGGAGGAUUGUGGUCCAUAGUUCUUCCUACAAUUGUUAACCUCCCCCCCCCCCAUUUCAGACUUUGUGGGUUGGGUGGGGGGGAAAUCUGUGUUUACUGUACUACUUCUCCAUAAAAGGGUUUUUCCUGCUGUGGGUGGCGCCCUCUUGUGCUCACUUGGGGAACAGUGCACUGUUACUGCCAUGGUGCUCCGUGUUGGGGAUUAACCCUGGACCCUGGAAUGUAUAAAUGGAGAGGUUUGUGCAAUGUGUGUUUCUUGUGAAAUGUUAUAUAGCACAGAUCUGUCAUCUUGCUAAUAAUGAACAUCAGUCCUGUAAAAAGUAGAGAGAGAAAAAAAGAGAGAGAUCUAUCUAUACCACUCCUGUUGCCCUCGCUGUGAAAAACUUAAAGAGUUUGCCCUUCAAUGUAUUGUCCCUUCCUACUCAUAUCCUGCUCUUGCAAAGCCCCGAAUGAGGACAGUAGGGGGUUUGGGAAAUGUUUGCAGGAUCCAUUGGAUGAACCUAUUUCAUGGCCCUGACCUUUCUCCUAGCAGGGGAACUCUACCAUAGUGCUGGAUUAUAGGAAUGCAGUGAUUGGCUCCACCCAUUCAGUUCAGCAAUUACCUCUCACCGGGGGGAAAGGGCAAGAAAUCCCAGAUGAAGGUGUAACACAGUCUGAUCCAUGGGGUGGGUUAUGGGAAAGGACAGCCACUUCCACGUGGCCUUCCCCAAAACUGCUGUGGGCAUACCUGCCUGUACCAAAACCCAACUCUCACUGGGAAAUGGGUUGCACCAACUUUUAACAGGCAGUGUAACCCUUCAUUUUUCUAAAAGUAUGGCUGCACACCCUUUUCUGCCUGCUAGGCUGGACUGGUUAUUUUCUCCUGUACCUUUCAUCUGAUAUGCUUUCUGCCUUCUCCCCCGAUUUUUCCAAAACUUGGAAGGAAUAUCCUGCCUUUUUUUCCUUUCACUGUAAUAAUAACCAUUAUCAUCAUCAUCAUCAUAAUUGUAAAAUGUGUGAUGGUUUUCCCCUGCUCUCACAAUUGCACAUAAAAGGAAAAGUCACUUUGUUUAAACUCUGUGCCAAUGGAAUCCAGGUUCAUUCUGGAGCAGAGGGAAGGUGGGAGGUUGAGAGAACCCAAGAGAGGCUCCGGUUUUCUCCCCGUCCCUGUCCCUGGCUGAAGGAACAAGGGCCGUAUUGGAGUCACUGUCUUGUGUGUCCUUUUAAUAUACACUAAUGUAUAGAUUAUAUAUGGGGAUCUAAAUGUAAAACUGAGCACUGUGCAUAAGAGAGAGAAGGUUUCUAUAAUAAAGAUUGUAAACGAA